GUGAGUGAAAGGCAGGACACACCAACAACGCUAAUUAAAAGGGAUGAAACCCUGGCCUGCUGAAUUCCCCAGGGCAAUUUGGAGAUUUGGCAUUACUGGUGUUCAGUAAGAGAGUAAGAGCAUUAGCGAACAACUUGGACAAGCAGCAAGGACACCACUGUGCCUGCAAGGGCUUUUUGAAAACUUUUUUGAACCCUUUUCAAAAUGUGUGUUUCGAAAGCCCAUUGGCUCUGCCGUUUGCCCCGUGCCCUUUGCUUUCCCACCCGCGCUGAGCUGCUGGGGACACUUUUCCAUCCUGCCCCUCCAUGCACAGAGCUCGGGGCUGGGCAGCUGCCUCUGAACACACCACAGCGUUUGGCUGUAGAGGAGAUACAAAAGGGAGUUAAAUGUCACCCAUAUGUCCUCCACUCUGCCUCACCAUAUACCUGUACAGCAAAACUUUUAUUAUACAAUAUUCUUUAUUGUGCUCUCCCUCGUCUCUCUUAUGGCUUUUCCAGUGUUGUGCUGGAACAGUAGCAAAGACAGGCAGCAGGCAAGCUCCAUUCUGAAGCUGAGUUAGCAUCACAGAAUCACAGAAUGUUAGAGAUUGGAAGGGACCUCAAAAGAUCAUCCAGUCCCAUCCCCCUGCCAGAGCAGGAACACCUAGAUGAGGUUACACAGGAAGGCCAGAGAUCACCUAAAAACAUUCCCCGCAGGAAAAUAUAGAUCUUGAUUUCCCCAGCUGUGCAACAAACACUAAGGGAAAUGGUCACUUUUCCCCCACUGCCUCUCACUGCGAUCACCUAUAACCCAACAGAUGGCUACAGGUUGUAGAAGGAGAAUUACAUCCACUAUUUGCAGGUUAAUUGAAAUUUAAAAAAAAACCACUAAAAACAAACCCAGGGAGAAACAAGUUCUCCUUCUCUUUAUCUGCUCUGAUAACAGCUAUCACACCAAACCUAUCGUGAGCCCUACAGGCACUCAGCAAAAUGCGUAACUCUGCCGAUCUGCUGAGGCAUUCAAGAGAAAGGAGAAGGGCAUUUGAUAGGAACUAACUUUUCCUUGCCAGCCUCAACACCCAGCGUUAUCGACAUCCUUUAUAAAGAAUUGUAUCUCCUGCGCGUUGAUAAUGGUGAGCAGGGGCUUUCAUUGGUAUAAGAAGUAAUCUCAGUGACCUUGAGCAGAGAAGAAGGUAUAAAAACCAAAGUGUUUUACUUGGGCGACUGUUCGGGCACCAGUUGAAUUUCUUAGUUUCUGAGGAGGACGCGUUUUGGGGAAAUUUCGUGAGAAAAUGGCGACUUUAAAUGAAAAAAAGACCUGCAGCGAACGGAUGGAAAAUUUCCGUCGUUUUGUCUGGAACCCAGAAACAAGGCUCUUUAUGGGAAGGUCCUUAAUUAACUGGGUGUGGAUCAGCCUGUACUACCUGGCUUUCUACGUGGUGAUGACAGGGCUGUUCGCACUCUCCAUUUAUUGUUUAAUGAGGACAGUGAAUCCAUAUGAGCCGGAUUACCAAGACCAGCUGAAAUCCCCAGGUGUAACUUUACGACCCGACGUUUAUGGGGACAGAGGACUACGAAUUUAUUACAACGUAUCUGACAACAAAACCUGGGAAGGUUUAGUGACAAUUCUUCGAACUUUUCUGGAAGCAUACACGCCAGCUGCUCAGCAUCUGAACAUCAACUGCACCAGUGACACAUACUUCUUCCAGGAGAACUUUGACGGCCCAAAUAAAACAAAACUAUCCUGCAAAUUUACCUCAGAUAUGCUUCAAAACUGCUCGGGCAUCGCAGAUCCUACUUUUGGAUUUCCAGAAGGAAAACCAUGUUUUAUUAUAAAAAUGAACAGGAUUAUCAAAUUUCUCCCUGGCAACGGCACCGCACCAAGAGUGGACUGCACAUAUGUGGGUGAUGAGUCUCGCCCGCUGGAGGUGGAUUACUACCCUGUGAACGGCACCUUCAACCUGCACUACUUCCCCUACUACGGGAAAAAGGCACAGCCCAGCUACAGCAAUCCUUUGGUGGCUGUGAAAUUUCUCAACAUUACGAGGAAUGUAGAAGUUAAAAUAGUAUGCAAAAUCAUUGGAGCUGGAAUUACCUUUGAUAACGUUCACGAUCCGUAUGAAGGAAAAGUGGAAUUUAAACUGAAAAUAGAAGACUGAGCAGCAACCGAGACACUACUGAGAAACAUAUGCAAAGAGUGAACUUACCUAUUAUCACAUUCACCUGUAUUUAUUUUCUAUGAUCUCCAUAUAAAUCUACACAAAUUACAGUGCAAAAGAGACAUUUUCUGCUGAAAGAUGACCCUUAUAGCUAAAAAUCAAGAUACCACUUGCAGUGUGUGAAGGAGGAUGAUCUCAAUGUACAUAGCUUCCUAUUCCCUGGGUAUGGUAUUCUGCUGCCUUCAUGCAAAUAUUUGUACAAAACAAGCUUUUUGCUAACAUGAACAGCUAUGCCUUCAAAGAAAAUAAGUAUAGAACCAAAAUAUCAUUUUCAGUCGCUUUUGAAACCGUAAUAAAUAAUUGAUGUAUGAUACUAAAUCUUUGAUAUCGAGAAAUAAUUAGCUAGAAUAGAAAUUGUUUGAAAUACUAGCAAGUAAUAUAAAAUUCUCAGUCUGUUUUGUAUACAAUUAUAAAAGUGUAUUCAAAUUAUCUGUAUCUGAAUGCAUUGUUUGGUUUUUUUUGUACUAGUCAGCCAACUCAGAUUUUGUUUUUUAGUUGACAAAUUAACGACCACAAAAGAAGUGAACUUGAAAUCUGGCCUCAAGCUUACAGAUUCUAUUGUACCACUUAACAACUUCUGUAUAACUUAAUAAAAAUGAC